CGGAGGGGCGCGGAGCGGGGCGGCUCGGGGCCAAGAGAGAGCCGCGGCCGGGAGCCCGCGGGCUCCUGACAACCUCCUCCCCUCGGCGGACGACGACCACGGCGACUAGGGCGCCGGUCAUGGCGGAGCAGCAAACCCGGCGCGGACCCUAGGCACCACCGCAUGGAGCGGGACGAACCGCCGCCUAGCGGAGGGGGAGGCGGCGGGGGCUCGGCGGGGUUCCUGGAGCCGCCCGCCGCGCUCCCUCCGCCGCCGCGCAACGGUUUCUGUCAGGAUGAAUUGGCAGAGCUUGACCCAGGCACUAAUGAGGAAACUGACAGUUUAACACUUGGCCAAGGUCACACAGCUGUUUCUGUUUCAGAUGAUCGGGCUGAACAACGAACCUGUCUCAUUUGUGGGGACCGCGCUACAGGCUUGCACUAUGGGAUCAUCUCCUGUGAGGGCUGCAAAGGGUUUUUCAAGCGGAGCAUUUGCAACAAACGGGUAUAUCGAUGCAGUCGUGACAAGAACUGUGUCAUGUCUCGGAAGCAGAGGAACAGGUGCCAGUACUGCCGCCUGCUCAAAUGCCUCCAGAUGGGGAUGAACCGGAAGGCUAUCAGAGAAGAUGGCAUGCCUGGAGGCCGGAAUAAGAGCAUUGGGCCAGUCCAGAUAUCAGAAGAAGAAAUCGAAAGGAUCAUGUCUGGGCAGGAGUUUGAGGAAGAGGCCAAUCACUGGAGCAACCAUGGUGAUAGUGACCACAGUUCCCCUGGGAAUAGGGCUUCGGAGAGCAACCAGCCCUCACCAGGCUCCACACUGUCUUCCAGUAGGUCUGUGGAACUGAAUGGAUUCAUGGCCUUCAGGGAACAGUACAUGGGAAUGUCUGUGCCUCCACAUUACCAAUAUAUACCGCACCUUUUUAGCUAUUCUGGCCACUCACCACUUCUGCCCCAACAAGCUCGCAGCCUGGAUCCCCAGUCAUACAGUCUGAUUCACCAGCUGUUAUCAGCCGAGGACCUGGAACCAUUGGGCACGCCCAUGUUGAUCGAAGAUGGAUACGCUGUGACACAGGCAGAACUAUUUGCCCUGCUUUGCCGCCUGGCCGACGAGCUGCUCUUUAGGCAGAUUGCCUGGAUCAAGAAACUGCCUUUCUUCUGCGAGCUCUCAAUCAAGGAUUACACGUGCCUCUUGAGCUCUACGUGGCAGGAGCUAAUCCUGCUGUCUUCCCUCACCGUUUACAGCAAGCAGAUCUUUGGGGAACUGGCUGAUGUCACUGCCAAGUACUCGCCCUCCGAUGAAGAACUACACAGAUUUAGUGAUGAAGGGAUGGAGGUGAUCGAGCGGCUCAUCUACCUCUAUCACAAGUUCCAUCAGCUAAAGGUCAGCAACGAGGAGUAUGCUUGCAUGAAAGCAAUUAACUUCCUAAAUCAAGAUAUCAGGGGUCUGACCAGUGCCUCACAGCUGGAACAAUUGAAUAAACGAUACUGGUACAUUUGCCAGGAUUUUACUGAAUAUAAAUACACACAUCAGCCGAACCGCUUUCCUGAUCUCAUGAUGUGCUUACCUGAGAUUCGAUAUAUUGCAGGAAAGAUGGUGAAUGUGCCCCUGGAGCAGCUGCCCCUCCUCUUUAAGGUGGUGCUGCAUUCCUGCAAGACCAGUGUGGGCAAGGAAUGACCUGUUCCAGGCGCCCUCCUCAGGCCAACCACAGCGUCUUGGGUGGGCAGGACAGGCUCUGGAGGGAAAAGCCAGAGAGACCAAGAUGGAGGCUGUGGAGCAGCAUUUCCCGUUGCCUCCAUAGCAAGAAGAGUUUUUGUUUGUCUGUUUUUUUAACCUCAUUUUUCUAUAUAUUUAUUUCACGACAGAGUUGAAUGUAUGGCCUUCAACAUGAUGCACAUGCUUUUGUGUGAAUGCAGCCAAUGCAUUUUCUUACAGUUUACAGAAUGUGAAGAUGUUUAAUGUUACAGUGUUGUCAUUGUUUAGAAAUAGUUCUUUUGUAUUUUGAGGGAGAGGGUGGGAUGGGGCUAAGAUGACUAUUUCCAUAAUGUUGACAAAGAUGACUACCUCGAUGGAAAUGGGGGGUGUGGCCAUCCCUACUUUUUCCACAUUUUCUCAGCAGACUCAUACAUUUGUCUGUCAGAGAGCAAAUUGCCUUUUUUAGCCACAGAAUUGCCACAUAAAACGGCACACUGUAAGGGGGCAAAGUGUUGUUAGGAGAUUCACUAAGCAAGGUUGGUGAGACAGCAACAGGGCAGGAGGUGAGGAUUGAGCCAUGUCCUUUCCUUGGAAAGCGUGAAAAUUAAGAGAGUAGGGCACAGUGACCAUGUUUAAGGCAGGUGUCCUUCCACCCAACAAGUCCUAAGGGCAGAAGAAUUUCUGUUCUCACACCUUGCUGCCCCCCUUACCCCUGCACCACCAUCAUUGUCUACCACUGCGAACUUUCCAUCUGGGCAAAGUCCUGGCAAUCACUUGAUCCACAGGACUCGCCUCCCAGAUCCCUCGGGGCCCCCAGCUACCUAGUUUCCUUACCUGGAUCUCCUGAGGCCCACCUUCCUCCUUCCCACUCCCUUACACAUUUGACUUCCUAUUGGCCCUUUGAAAAACCAGCUGAGCAGAAUGCCAUGUUCUGAAGCCUGGUGCCCACUACUGAUUUAUUCUCCUUUCACCUUGUUUUCUUCAAAGGGUAGUAGGGCAAGGCCAGACUGCAAAAAGAAUAGACACUCCCCUUUUGAAAUCUGUUCCUCUCCCCUCCCCUUCCUACCGCACCCUCAGGUCUAAAUCCGAAAACUUCAGGCUUUUUUAAACAGUGAGAAGGACCAUUCACCUGUCUGCUGACCAGAAAUGUUGCCCCUAAGUUCUUCUCCAAGUUCUCCUUUUCUCUCCAGAGUGAGACCAGUUUUCCUCAGGGACCCAGGACACAAAGCCCAAGGCCCAGAGUGGCUCAGCUGCCCCUUACUUCAGCAGUGGACUGGCCAGCCAAGGCCUGGAGGGCUGGAGCCAGAAGCACCUGGAAGGGAAGGGGGGCUUUAAACUACCUCAGGUUCCUAAUGGCCCGGCUGCUACCUCUGCAGACAUGGCCUGGACUCCUUGAUCUCUCACUACCUGCCCCACCUCAUCCCAGGACGUGUUCCUUACCCUCUUGACUUUGGCCAGCGCCACACCAGGUCUGUCUUUGAACUCUUUCAGGUGCUUUUUCCCUUUUCGCCUUAAUGUAGCAGUUGUCCUGCCUACACCCAGGUAUCUUUCACAGCCAGUGUGGCAAGCAGACCACUUAGUUGGCUGCAUGCCUGGGUAGGUUGGAAGGGCCCACGGCACCUUCUUCUGCCUAUUUAGUCAAAGGCUGUUUGCUCUCUCCCCAACUCAACCUAGUAAAGCUACCUAGGAGGGCACCACGUCGUGUGCAUACUGGGUAGUCCAUGUCUGAUUGUAAUUGUUUCUUUCUGGUGAAAUGUUACGGGUACCAGCAGAGUGAUGAUUUUGGCCCUUGAUGGAUCUAAAACUCGGAACAUCACUCCUCAAUGCUGUUUCCCCAGUUGCUCUGAGAAGGAAGAGACAUGUUCCUCAGGAAAAGCUCCAGCUAGCAUGUUUUUCACGUCAGUGGGAAGAUUCUUGUGUGUUCGUGUGUAUCUGUUUAUUUCUAAGUUCACGAUACUUGUUCCCCUGAAUUUUAUUUAACCAACUAGAUCAUAUUCUUUGGCCACAGGUCAGACUCUGAGCUGCUUUCCUCCAGAUCGGGAAGGAGACACAUAUCACAGAUGCCUUCUCUAAGACAGCUCCUGUGUACAGCAUCGUUCUUUGCUGAGGCCUCCAUCUGUCCAAUUAUUAUUUUUGAAAUUGCUUUUCAAAUUAAACAUUUUACCCGUUGUGUUGGGUGUCAAAAGAAAUUGCUCUCUGAUGAGGCAAGAACAUGUCUCUCCAACAACGUAGUAUUGAACAGAGCAAGUUGUUAAUUUGUGGAGUAGGGGAAAGGUUCUGCAAGUUGCCAUUGUACAAAUCCAGUUUUACAAAUGUUUGCAGCAGAUUCCACAGAACAAAGAGCCCAUUCAUUGCCGAGAGCCCUGCAGAAUCUCUGAGCCAAGUGGCCGUGUGUUCCGAGCCGGAGCCUGACCUGUGGACCGUCUUUAAUGUCUUCUGCACCAGUCCUUUUAUGACGUGGGCUUUUUUUAAACAGGGUAAAGUGAAUGUGUUGCAUUGCAAACUCAGGUAUUAUGAGGAGAAGGUAGGAGUGUAGCUAGCAGCGUGGAGACAUUAGGUCAGCCACUAGAUGUAUUUGUGAAUUUGGUUUGAAGGACACGGAGAAAGGUUGGAGGGGGAGGUUUGAUAUGUUUGUUUUUUGCUUUCUUCCCCAUAAUGUUUGGUUAACAGGUAGCCUUUUUGCUAGUGGAAGGAGAGAAAAGUUGUGCAUGUUUUCUCUAAUUUCUCUUUCUGCCCUCUCUCUGAUCCCCAACCACCAAAAGCACUCACUUUGAGUGAGGAUUUUUUUUUUUUUUUUUUUUGAGGUGGAGUCUCGCUCUGUCGCUCAGGCUGGAGUGCAGUGGCGCGAUCUUGGCUCACUGCAAGCUCCGCCUCCCGGGUUCAUGCCAUUCUCCUGCCUCAGCCUCCUGAGUAGCUGGGACUACAGGCGCCCGCCACCACGCCUGGCUAACUUUUUUUGUAUUUUUAGUAGAAACAGUGUUUCACCACGUUAGCCAGGAUGGUCUCGAUCUCCUGACCUCGUGAUCCGCCUGCCUCGGCCUCCCAAAGUGCUGGGAUUACAGGCGUGAGCCACUGCGCCCAGCCGAGUGAGAAUUUAUGCCAUAAAAAUACGACUCUGAAAGCUACAUGGAAAAGGAGAAUCCCACCUCCUUGCACUACAUUGAAACAUGCAAGCCUUUCCCUCCCUCUCCUUUUUGAUGUUUUCUUCUCCCAAGACAAAAGUUUGGCAUCUUGGAACUUAUUCAUGCUCUCUGGCUGCCUUUGUAGACUUUUGGAGUCCUUUGCAAGGUUUGGUGGUCUCGUCCUUAAUCUGGAGAAAUUCCCCAGAAUCUGUCUCAAAGCGCUCAACCUGGCUCAGAGGACACCCAGCCCCUAUGCCCCACUCACAAGAGAGGUGGGCAAGCCCCCAGGGAUAGGAGGAAGUAAGCAGGAUCCUCCCUGUCCUGUUUCCCAGAACCAGAGCAAGGAAUGGGGAAUCCUAAGGGUUUCUGUGGCAUCACUGAAUGUCACCCACUCCACAUCAACCUGCCUCUCACCUUGCCACCCUUUUUCAGGGAGGUGAGUACCUGCCAUGGUCACUGUUACCAGAUCCUUAAAAUCCUGGGCUCUGAGCUAGGUGCAUUGCUCUGUUACCCAUUUCCUACAUUUGUUUGUUUGUUCUUGAUUUCCUGGGGGAAUGGGACUGAUGAAGACAGACAAACCCACUGUGGGCAGCAUCUAAGCCAUGUCCAAGGUUGGUCGAAUUAAGGGAACCCUGGCCUCUCAGCAGGACAGAAAGCUGAGCUGUGGUUCCAGGCCCUCCUCUCUGGGCCCCUGGUGUGUAUCUUUUUUCCUUGUUGCUUUUGAAAUUUUUGCAAUUAUUUUAAGAAUCCAGUCUUUCAGACCAGCCCUUUUAUUAAGCUUUGAAUGUUUUAAUUGAUUUUUUUAAAGUAAAAAAAAAAAAAACCCAAAAAACAAACAAAAUUUAACAAAAAAAUCCGCUACUCUUACUCCCCUGCCUCCCCCUACCCCAGCCCAUGAGAGUUCCCUUGCACUCCCCUCUGCCUUUGCAACUGAUCAUCCUCCCUUUCUCCUUGGCUUGAAGCAUCUAUGUCCAGUAUCUGUGAAAUGAUGUUUUAUCUGUGUGUCAGGAUGAGAAACGGCAGUCAUUCCACCAAGUGUUGGAAACUGGUUAGCCUGGAGACAAGGGUUUCUGGGGCCACAGCUCAGGGAUGUGUAUUUAAUUACAGGAUCCCCAGAAACUCCUCUCUAGGCUGCCACAGCAACAUUUUUUCUGGGCUUGGGAGCCAUACCUGAACUGUUUCCUCCAAGGCGGGAACUCCAGAGAGCCUGCCAAAUCUGGAGCAAGCUGGGGCUUCUGCUUUGGCCAGACCUGGGCCACCAUGAGACUUGAAGGCUUCUAGCUGUCCUACGACACGAGCCACGGUGGCCCUGCCUCUCCCCGCUCAUAGAAGCCUGGUCCCUCUGUCUAGCCCAGUUCCCAUCUAGCAUCCGUCUUCUGGGCCUGAAGCCCUAAAUGGACCACAGCCUGCACAGGAAUCAACUGUAGGCUCAAAGGGAGGCGGUGAGUAAGGUCAGAGCCUGCUCCAAGCCCAAGAACAAAAGUUGUGUUACGGGUGGAGGCCAGUCCCCCAGAUCUAGCCCUGCCGUCUUUGCCCUUUAAUGACCAUUGUUUUCUUUCUCUAAAAUGUCUUGUAAUAGGUGUUAAUGUUGUUGAUUCAAAUUUCCAUGAAAAAGAAAAAAAAAACUACCUCUUAAGCGACAUCCUGAUCGAUCCCUCUCUGAGGAAUCCUGUGGGAAAAGAAUACUGUAGCUCCUGCUCUGUUUACAUGUUUCUGUCGGGAAAGAAGCCCCGCCUGCCCUGGGGUGUUGGUGUUUUUGUCUGUGUUGCCAUCCCAGGUCUGCCAUAGGGGCUGGUGGCUGCAUUGUGAUGUCUGGGCUGUGUCUGGGGAUUCCUUCCCACCUACCCAGCCAGGGACUAGUCACCCCCCUGAAGAGGCCUCCAUUUCCUUCCUGUGCUCCAGGGCAUAGGGAGCACCACUCCCACAGACACCACCUUUAAGGGCUCUAGUGGCACACACAUCCACGAGCCUACCCCCAGGUUAUCUGCCCUAGGUCCACCUCCACCCACAGUCCUGUGUGUAGGAAUCGAGGAAACGGGAUGUCCCUGAGCCCUUGUCCCCAAAGGGCCGGCCAAGGGCUGCCCGCCAGCCUGACUCCAUCAACCCUGCAUGACCAAAUGAUAGCUGGCGGGCUCUGCAGGCUACCCAGGCCCUCUGCUACCUCCCACCCUGCCAGCUGGCAAGGGAUGGGCCCUGUUCUGUGAAUUGACUACCUGUGGAAAUGUGACCAAUUAGUGUGAAAUGCAUGUUUAGCAAGUGUUAGGUACUGUAUUUGAACCAAUAAAUGUGAAUCCUUCUGCACAUGGCA